CAGGCCAAGUUGCUAAGGAAACGGCUGCAUGGCAACCGGCUCGGAGCCUGGGGGCCGUCUGCUGCUGCUGAGCCUGCCGCUGCUGCUGCCGCUGCUGCUACUUCCCUUGCUCUCAGUCUCCUGCGCGCUUCCCUCCUCGCUAGAUGGUGUGUGAGCCACCCGAGACUAGACGCGUUCCGGACUCGGCCAAAAGAAACCAGGCGAGGCAGAACUCUGCCAGUGCCUUGGCUGCCUGGCUGGAGGGAAGACCCGUCACGAGUACCAGGGGCUGGGGACUGAGAGGAGCUGGAAGCUGAGAGAGAGCAGCCCCGAGCAGGGAUGGACAUGAUGCUGUUGGUGCAAGGUGCUUGUUGCUCAAACCAGUGGCUGGCUGCUGUGCUCCUCAGCCUGUGCUGCUUGUUGCCCUCCUGCCUCCCAGCUGGGCAGAGUAUGGACUUCCCUGGGGCAGCUGUGGACAACCUGGUGGUCAGAAAAGGGGACACGGCUGUGCUUAGGUGUUAUUUGGAAGAUGGAGCUUCAAAAGGUGCCUGGCUGAACCGGUCAAGUAUUAUUUUUGCAGGAGGUGAUAAAUGGUCAGUAGAUCCUCGAGUUUCAAUUGCAACAGCAAAUAAAAGGGAAUACAGCCUACAGAUACAGGAUGUAGAUGUGACAGAUGACGGUCCAUACACUUGUUCUGUGCAGACCCAACACACUCCGAGAACAAUGCAGGUGCACUUAACUGUACAAGUUUCUCCGAAGAUAUCUCGUAUUUCAACUGACAUUGUUGUGAAUGAAGGAAGCAAUGUUACACUUACUUGCUUGGCCACUGGGAAACCAGAGCCUUCCAUUUCUUGGAGACACAUCUCUCCAUCAGCAAAACCAUUUGAAAAUGGACAAUAUCUGGACAUCUAUGGAAUUACAAGAGACCAGGCUGGGGAAUAUGAAUGCAGUGCAGAAAAUGAUGCCUCAGUCCCAGACGUGAAAAAAGUAAAAGUCACAGUAAACUUCGCCCCCACAAUUCAGGAACUUAAAUCCAGUGGUGUGAUGCUAGGAGGUAAUGGAUUGAUAAGAUGUGAAAGUGCAGGAGUUCCUGCUCCAGUCUUUGAGUGGUACAAAGGAGAGAGAAAACUGAUCAAUGGUAAACAUGGAAUUACUAUUAAAAACUAUAGUACAAGAUCACUUCUCACUGUCACCAAUGUAACAGAGGAGCAUUUCGGCAACUACACAUGUGUCGCUGCCAACAAGCUGGGGGUGACCAAUGCCAGCCUGCCUCUCAACCAAAUUAUUGAGCCUACUACCUCUAGUCCUGUCUCAAGCCCAGCUCCAAGUACAGCCCAGUAUGGGAUUACCGGUGGUGCUGAAGUUCUGUUCUCCUGCUGGUACCUUGUGUUGACACUAUCCUCUUUCACCAGCAUAUUCUACCUGAAGAACAUCAUUCUACAAUAAAUAUAAAGAACCAUGAAAGGCUUUUAAGGAUUCUCUGACAGUGCUGAUGACUGGAGCCAAUCUGGUAGAGUUUGUUAAAAGCAGCGUGGGAUAUAAUCAGCAGUGCUUACAUGGGGAUGAUCGCCUUCUGUAGAAUUGCUCAUUAUGUAAAUACUUUAAUUCUACUCCUUUUUUUGAUUAGCUGCAUUACCUUGUGAAGCAGUACACAUUGUCCUUUUUUAAGACGUGAAAGCUCUGAAAUUACUUUUAGAGGAUAUUAAUUGUGAUUUCAUGUUUGUAAUCUACAAGUUUUCAAAAGCAUUCAGUCAUGGUCUGCUGGGUUGCAGACUGUAGUUUACAAAAAAAAAUAUAUUGCAGUGAAAAUGUGAUUCUUUAAGGCUGCAAUACAAGUAUUCAGUUCCCUCUUUAAAUAUGAUUCUAUCCACAUUUAUUCAGAAGUAUUUUUAUUUUAAAAAAUCAAAUAAUAUUGCCUUCAAAACAUUUCUUCAAAAUAUAACACAUAUCUAGAUUUUCUUCUAGCAUGAUAUUCAGGUUUCAAGAAUGAGCCUUGUAAUAUGACUGCAUAAAGCGGUUCUGCUUCCCCACCCCGCCCUGUAAAUUCAGCAUGGGUGUGCCUUCAUAAAAUACUACUUUUCUCUUCCUCUCCAAGAAUUCUGAAAUGUGUACUGGUAAAUGACAACAUGUAAAUUCAAGCGUACCUAAUCUCCAGUUGAGGACAAAGAUGCUAUUGGCUAAAAAGAAUACCUUCUCUUCCACCUCCAGUGGGGUAAUGGAACUGCUCCAAACUCUGCCCACAACAAUUAGACUACAUGGUAUUUUUUUAACCAGUCAAUCAAAAAUAGCACAGGUAUAUUUCCCUUAUUUUUUCCCUCUAGUGUAGUUAAUUUGUAGAUUUUGUUUGUGAAACAAGUUUUCCCAGUAUAAAAUACAGCACAACUCUCUUAAGAGACUUCUUGUGAAUGUAGCACUUUUCCCUUUCAUUGCUCUAAGUCAGAACUCUUAAAAGGCUGUAUAUGUGAGAUGGUGACAGUCCCUUUUUUAUUAUUGGCCAGUACUACAUGAAUUGAUAUUCUUGCACUGGAGUUGUAUUGAUCAGCUAACUUAGCAAUGAUACUUUCAUUGCAAAUGUUUUUAAAUCUCAGAUAGCUGAGAACAUAGGAAGCAUUGAACAUACAUUUAAUAUAGAUAUAUUUUAAAACAAGUGGCUCCAAUAACUAUAUUUUGGUGCACCUUACAAAUGGCGUCACAUUGCAUCUUGCAGCAGAGGGUCCUGUGGCACCUUUGAGACUAACAGAAGUACUGGGAGCAUAAGCUUUCGUGGGUAAGAACCUCACUUCUUCACAUUGCAUCUUAAUUGCUAGAAUUUCAUUAAUGCACUGCUAAGAUGUAUGAAUAUCUUACCAUAACAAUUAAUUUCACCUUUCAUAAAUGACUCUUGCAGUCCCCACAUAUUGCAUUGAGUUCAAGAGAAGUUUUGUCUGAGUAACGGAUUGGAUCCUAAAAUAGCAUAUUUUAUUUCUAUGGAUAUAAUAGAGUUGUUGUUGUUUUUUAAAACAGCCUCUAAUUUUGCUCCCAAAUUAUUGUACAGUCAUGCUGUAAAUUAAUUGUGAGCACUAAGUUGCACUUGCAAAACUGGAGGCUGAAGCAAGGUCCCUUUAAAAAUUUGACUCAUUAUGAAAGUUGACCAUAUGUGGUCCAGGCCAUCACCCAUUGUAGUCAGUACAUAGAUACCCACCCACUUCAAUGGAAUUAGAUUGGGCCCAUAUAGAAAGAGCCACUGGUGAUAAGAAUUUCUAAUUAAAACAUUAAUUACAAUAUAAAAUUAUCCAGUCACUUGUUCAAUAUAUAAAACCACAGUAAAUAAUAACAAGACUGCUGCUGUGUGAAAGUUGGAGUUAUUUAUAUCAAAAGAAGAUUGUCACUGAACACCAUAUUGCUAAUUUGGCUACAUUUUUAGUAUCACUGCCACAGAAAUUUCACUCAGACACACUCCUACUCAGUCAUUUUUUGCUACUGUGUUAAGCUCCGUAAUUAGCUAGCUGGGUACUGUACAUAUUCAGCACUUUCAAGUUCAUUUUGCAAAUAUCCUAUUUUUUAAAACUCAAAUUAUGAAUUUCUUUAGUACCUCGAUCAACUGCCCCAUUACUAAUAUAUAAACAAAAUAUGCAGCAAAUAUGUUGUAAUUACUAAAUGACACUUAGAUAAGGAGCAUAAAAACAAUACACUGACUCCGUAACAGGGCAAUAAAAUGUAUUGAAUCACGCUGUUUGUGUUCAGUAACGGAUUAGAAUAUUUCUAUUAUUCUCUUAAACUUGUGUGUUAAGCAGGUUCUAUUUUCAUAAAUAUGGCAUUUUUUUAAAACCUUGAAUAACAUGAUGACAUUUUAUUAGCUGAGGAAGCAGUGUAAAAACAGUACGAACCAUCUUGUACACUAUCCUGACAUUCUGAUCACUCUUGUAUUGCAGCUUUAAAGUGCUAAGCUCUAGAAUCCAUUCAAUAGAAAAAAUGGUGCUGCAGAAAGUAUUACAUGUGAGUACAGUUUUACGAAGAAAGAAACAGAUCAAGGAGAUGUAUAACUCAGAUGCCUCGUCUCACAUGAAUUAGGAAUUGUUUCUAUACUGUAGCUGGACCAAAUUCUAUAUUUAGGCUAAUUGGUUUUUUUUUUCAUGAUUACUGACACAUGGAAUGUGAGGAUUCUGGCAGCAGAAUAGAUUAUGGAAACAUUUUUAUUAAAUAUGAAAAAAUUAAGUAUUUACUUUUUUGCAUCAUGAGAAUAUUCUUGCCAAUAAAGCCACUGGAAAACAUAGGCCAAAUUUUCAACCUAGCCUCUGAAUUUGCACUUGCAAUUUUUGUGAGACAGUUUGUAGCAUGCAAAAAUCCACGUUUGUGGGCGCAACAUUUGCUUCUGCAAACUAGGUACCUAAACAUCUAUCGGCUCUGCAUGUUCAAAAGUGAUAGUUUGUGUGUGCAAAUUUAAGAGACCAAUCCUGUGCAUAAGUACUCACAUUAACACUAUGUCGGUCAUUAAAUGUUUGUAGGAUUGGUCUCUCACAGGGUGUUUAUGAACAUCUGACCAUCUAAGGCUCCAAUUGUGCAAAGGGUUAUGCAUAUGCGUAACUUCAUGCACUGAGUAGUCUCAAAGAAACUACUCACAGUACAUAAAGUUAAGCACAUUCCUAAGUUUUUGCAGGGUUGGGGCCCAACUCAAUAUUGGUCAAAUAAAGUUACUUGCGUCUUAGGUUAAUCUGUUCCAUAUGGUAACCUGAUAAUUGUACAGUUUGGGACUUAUUGGGACAUUCUUUCAACAUGGACAGUGCGGACUGUUGCAGAUUAAACACAGUAGCAUUUUACAAAAUUGAUCUUUUAAUCUCUGGUGUAUAUUUGCCUUCUAGCUGAUACUUUCAUGAUCUGCUCGUCCAAUUGAUACCCCUUACUACUGUUCAGACUUUUUAAUCAAUUAUUAUUAUAUUUAUCCCACCAUGAAAAAAUAUAGAAAAUAAAUGGAUUUGCUCCAAGCAGUACAAUAUUUCUUAUGCUAAAACUGUUGUCCCGCACUUGAAUUACUAAAGUUUGUAAUUCCAUAAGUUCCUGAAUGUGCAAUGACUCAGGUCUAUUAACUACCAUUGCAUUGAUGACAUAUAUGGGCAAUGGUGCUGUAAUUAUAGUGUUGCUGAUCAUGAUUCUUUACUAAUAUUGAAUUUAAGGAUGUCUCAGAAUUUCUAAUACAAACAGUUUCUCAAGGGUUUAUAACUUGGCAGGAAAAUGUAUUCUUCAUAACUAGACAGCUUUUUUAACUUUUCUAUAUAUAUUUAGAAAAUAUGCUGUUUCUAAGAGACAGGAGUAUUGAAGACAUUACCAGUGAAAGCUGCUCUUUUGCACAUUUUCAGAGUUAGCACUCUAGCAAAAUCAUGGUAAACGUUAUGCCUACCAAAAUAUCUGCUUACCCCCACAUAACUGUGUAUUAAUGAGUGUGUAUACCAAAAUAUGUAUUUACCUGGAAAAACAAUAUGCCUUAAAGCCUAAAUAUGCAUUUACUUCUAAGACUGGAUCCUGCUCUUCCAGUUUGGAGGUAAAUAAUCCAUAUUUCACAAUCUGCCAUGGAAGAUUUUGUUUCUUAAAAAACAAAACAUGCUCAGUUCUUUUUAAAAAAGUAUUAAAUAAUUUUAAAGUUCUUGCACAAACUAACAUAUGUGAGGAAAGGAAAAGUUAGGAUAAAACUCUAUCCUGACACUCUGACCUUCUGAAUUGCAGACAAAUCAACUUGUUCUCAGCAAUUUUUGAACUGAGAAAAUGACAAGGAGUUUGGUGGUUGCCACUGAAACUUUUAUAUUUGCAAGUAAAUAUUACAGAAUUCCCUAUACUUACUAAAGGAAAUGCUGUGAAUAGGGUGGUAGGGUACGUAAAUGCAAGGGCAUAUGUAAAGAUUUUUAUAAGUAUCACUGUAUGCUCAUUUUGAAUUUUUCUUCUCUCUCUCCCUCUCACAGGAGCCCCCUUCAGCUAGCCCUAUUUCCCUGUUCUUCCCCAACACAGUAACAUUUCUUCCACCUCCCAAUCCUUCUGGGAUAGAGUACAUCCUAUUCUCUUUCUGCCUUCUUGCUCAGUUCCAUCCCCUACUCUCUCAAAUACACACUGAUCACUUCCUUCUGAUUGCUGGCCUGAGAGUUAGGUCAAGAAAAAAUAGCUGGGGACAUAAAUUCUUCCAGGAGUUUCUGGCAAUUGUGAGGAAAGAUAGUCAUACCAGGAGUGCAGCCAGGCAUAAGGAAGGUGUCCGGCUGUAGGGAGAUAAGGCAGGACUAUACUUACUGUUUGCAGAAGUCCCAGCUAGCCCUGCUUCCCAGCUUCUGGAAGCCUUCACUCAUUCACAGCAUUGUACCAUCUUUGACAGUGGCUUUCCAAAAUCCUUAGGACCACAUGCAGCUUACACUGACCUAAGUGCAUGAAUAGGUGAGAGCAGAAUUUAAACUUUAGAAAAACAGUUUGUCCUGAAACCCUUAGAGAACUGACUAAUUAACUCAUCAUAUUGUUGUACCUAGUACUGAGCCUACUGUAGGUAUUAUAACGGCCUCAGAACAGGGCACAGUGUUAAAUACAGUACCACAUUUCCUAAAGGCCUAUGCAGCAAAAAGCACCAGCUUAGCUGCUGACCUAAAGAAGCUCUCCAGGCCUCAUUAAAGCUGCUUUCUGUUCUGAGGGAGAACUCCCUCCCAGAUAACAGCCUCAUGAUACUAAGUGAGGUAAUAUGCAAUCAGCUGACUUAGCCCUUCUAUCUCCAUUCAUGUGGCAUUCAGAGGGGUUGAAAAUGUACUGAGCAUGCUCAGUGCAUCCUCAAAUGUCCUUAUAUCAGAUAGACAUUCCCUUUGUUGAUGGACAUUGAGCCUGCUGGGGAAGAUCUGUGGAGAGGAAGUGUGGUCUGAUGGCAGUAGAUCAACGGGACUGAAUUCUGACAACUGGAGCAAGCACAUUGCCUACAGAUUACUCCUUUCCCCCAUAAUAAAAUAGUGCCCGGGAGGGAGGGAUGACAGGACAUCCCAAACUACCCCACACCAGCAUCUGGGGUAGGAGGAGAUAUGGCUCAUGUUGCAAAGAGAAAUAUUUUAAUUAUUCAAAACAAUGAUUCUUAGGCCAGAGCUGGCUUCUCUCAGUCUUUUUUGAGGCUGCACAAUGGUCUAGGAUGGUUGUAAUUUCCUGAGACCAUGGGCCCUAGCUAGAGGUGGAUAGGUAGAUUAUUGUUGGUGGAGAGUUGUGGAACUGUUCCCACCUCCAAGCUACAUAACUAUCCCCAAGCUUUUUAGUUUAUGUAGAUUUUGCCUUCUGCACAGCACAACUUUUCUUCUGAAUAGGUCUACUUGAGAUCUGCUGAUCUAGAGCCAGUAUAACCUUAACUUUUCUGGCAGUACCAAAAUUGAUGUCACAUUCCCCCAAGUCACCAUCACUGCUGAGCACUAAUUACUAUAUGCAUAUUUGUUCUUACCCUAACACGUCUACUUUCUAAUUUCUAGAGUUUGAAGGCUUCUCUACUAUAUGAAAUUUUGCUCUAAAAUUUAGAUCAACAUAUUCAUUUUACACUUCCGAUAAACCAGAGAUGAAUCACAACUAAACUCAGGAUGCGCUAAAUUAGAUUUUAAAAUAUAUUAGAAGCUCAGCUCUCCCAUGUUUCGGUUGGACCACAUGUAAAUCCGUAUUUUAAAACAAGAUUUGGGGCCAGAUUCUCAGCCCUCCUAUGACUAUUUUAUACCUCUCCAAUGGCACAGAGAAACCAUAAAGCUGUUGGAUCCAGCCCUUUGCGGAUUCCCAUUGCAAGGGGAAUUGCUGAGUGAUGUAGAAUACUUUUGAGCAGCUCUACACCAUCCAUUAUCUCAUCCCUGCACAGGAGCAUUCUGAUACCCCAGCUAUCCUUGGCUGCUGGAAUGGCCUCUUGGGGACUGCUCCAAGUUAUGCCAGGAGCCAUCUCCAUCGUUGGGUAAAUGUAAGGGUGACAUAAGGUCACCUUUCACUUUGAUCUUGCUCUGAGCACAGCUCCGCCCAACCAGAGAAUUUGGCCCUUAAUCUUGAAGAACUUUAAAUAGAAAUGUAAACAAAAAUGAAAAAUAAUGUAGAGACUGUAAUUCUACUUGAAAUCAAUGUUCAUCUAUUCUUUUUUUUUUACUCACCUUCUUUGGGAACUAUGAAACCUGGUAAAACUGAAACCACACGAAGUCAAAUAGAUUACAUUUCUGCAGCAAAACACAGAAUUUAAAGACAGGAACGAAGACAAUAUUGUAAAGUUAAUUCCAAUAAGGUCACAUGAAUCUCCCCCGGUAUGUUUUAAAUAUGUGAAUAUUCAUUAUUCCGUCACUGCCUUUUUGCAGCCUGCCAGCUAAAUAAAUGCCUGUAAUGAUGUAUACAUUAUAUUCAGUGUCCAGAGGGCUAAGCAGUCUGUUUUCCCCUAAUGAACAUCUAUCCUCUUUAUUAAUUUCCAACCAAAAGCAAAACACAAUUUACACAUUAUAAGAUGUGAAAAAUGUACAAUAACAUAAGCGUUCCACUUAACAAACCCAUUACAGUCAUAAGUGCACAGCUCCCAUUAACCUUAAAGGCAUCUACUUAAAUGUGACUCUCAAGUGAGAAUAAACUGUAGAGAUUUAAGAUAACACUGAUUUUGCCUUUUUGUAUAUUUCCAACUGUGGAAAGAGGGGACCCCCAUCCCUUUUCUAGCUUUGUGGUUAUGUCUUGCCCCGCCUCCCCCAGUAUAAAAUCUUCAGGAAAAUUAAUUUAAUUUCCAAGAUACUAGUCAUUUAGAUGUGCUUAACAUUUUUGAGGUAUCACUUGAGGUCGUGAUACUUCAUCAGCUAAAUACAAAUGAGAGAGGUAAAACGUUCCGGGAAGCUACAGUAAAAGUUGGCCAGUCUGCCUCCACUUAAUGCUAAUGAGACAGUUUCUUGUAAAAAUUCCAACUUGAUAGAAACUACAGGAGGUAGCAUGGUUCAUUAGGCUACAAAAGCUGUAAAAUGAUAAAAGGACUGGUUUUCCUCCCUCAUUUCAAGUGAUUUGCUAAAAGCACUGGGAUGUUCCACUGUGGAACUUUGAAUUCACUAUUCCCUUCAUUAAUUUUGACCUUUUUACA